AACCCGAAGUCAGCAGGGAGCAAAGCAAACACUACAGCCUUAUCUUGGGGCCUCGGGGUGACUAUAAGAAGGGAGGCCUCCGAUGGAGUCAGUCCUUUCUCGCCCAUCAGUUUCCCGACAGGAUGAAACUCCUUGUGCUGGCUGCUCUGCUCACAGUGUGUGCCGCCGAGGGCGGCGUCAGCCCGCGGGCCGUGUGGCAGUUCCGCAACAUGAUCAAGUGCACGAUGCCUGAGAGCGACCCCUUGAGAGAUUACAACAACUACGGCUGCUACUGCGGCCUGGGCGGAUCCGGCACCCCCGUGGAUGAGCUGGACAAGUGCUGCCAGACACACGACCACUGCUACGACCAAGCCAAGAAGCUGGACAGCUGCAAAUUCCUCCUGGACAACCCCUACACCAAAAGCUACUCGUACAAGUGCUCGGGCUCGGAGAUCGUCUGCAGCAGCAAAAACAAGCCCUGCCAGGCCUUCAUCUGCGAGUGCGACCGCAAUGCUGCCAUCUGCUUCUCCAAGGCCCCUUACAACAAGGAGCACAAGAACCUGAACACCAAGAAGUUCUGCCAGGACUGAGCGCUGCCCGCCUCCGUACCGCCUUGUCCCCGUGGCUGUCGCCUCCACGGCGCCCGCCCUCCAGUAAAGCACUUUGUUGAAAGGC